GUUCACAUACAUACAUACAUACAAGCUCCUUCGUUCAGCUUUCCUCCGUGGUUUUUCUUUCACUGCUCGCUCGCCGAGCGCGAGCAGAUAGCGUGAGAAUGGAACAAACGCCGAAGCAAGCGGCUGCUCCGUCGGAGCAUGAAAACGCGCUUGCAGAGGAGAAUGCGCGUCUCCGAAGACUCGCGCAAAAGCUUCAAGAAGAACGGGACUUCUUCGUCGAAAAGUACACGAGCUACGAGAACGAGCGUCAAUUUUUGCUCGAAGAGGUCAGCCGGGUACGGGGAGACGUGCUCAGCAGGUGUGGUAUGUUGGAGGUUUCAUUUGUUGUAGUAAUGGCUAUCGCUAUCGUUCAAACUCAAUGCAGAAGAAGGUCAAGAUAUUGACUGGAGAAUACGUCAUAUCGCGCACCGCACAUGACCUCCGAUCCUCGCAAAAUCCUUCUAGGUACAGAUCGGAGCAGUCCUCGUCGCCCGCUGGUACUCCGGUCGCCCAGCCGUUUCUAUUUGCGGAAGCGGAGCCCGCGACGGGCGGCCCUACCAGUAGCGAGAACGAAGAGAUUUCUCCGGAAGGGGACGAGCCUGAUGAGCACAUGGAAGCUUAUCGUGAUGCGGGUUCUCACAACUUUCGAGCCUCGGGGAUAGAGGAAGGCGUGCAGGGAGACGUGCGAGGUGACUUUUUGCGCACGUAUGAGUCCGCGCUUCGCAAUUUGCCGAGCAACAAGCGCCUGCUUGCCGAGCACUGGGACGUGCAGAACAACAACGAGCCGACGUCUCGAGCCUCCGCGGCGCAGAAUCUUUUUGUGGGCGAAGAGGAACUACAACUGCAGAAGCCAGUCGCACUGCCACGCAGCAGCCUGUUCGCAGAACAGGACCAAGAAGGACUGCAGAACGUGGAGGAGGAGGACUCCGUUGAGAAUGACGUUCUUUCACAACAGGACGGAGUAGAAACGGAUGAGCAAAGACAUGCGUCCUCUAGUGACAGCCAGCGGGUUGCGUCGAGAAAAUCCUCCUCCCAGACAGGUUCUGGGGAUGAAGGCAAAGGAAACGAAGCGGGAGCCGGCGAGACUCCGUUUGUACCAGAGGAGCAGGCCCCUGACACGAGCGACAGAAAGCCGGGACAGUCUACUUCGGAGGGGCUCUCUUCGCGGAUAUUGAAGGAGAGCCGUCGGAACAAAAACGCCAGCGCCCAGAAGCUGAGCCAGCGAUCUUUGAUGGAGGUUCCCGCCAAGUUCCGCACGGGUUUGGCCUUCCGCGUGCCCACUUGCAGAGGGAUCGAUGCCACCAAAGCUGCUUCCAGUGGCGCGGUGGAAAUGACACGGCGAGCAAGUUCCUCCCUGGUGGCGCAAACGCUGCAGCUGGUUGCAGAGGACAAGGCUUUUCUGCCUUUCUCGACGAAAAAGAUGCUGGCCCGCGACUUCCGAACCGAUCUGGCGCAGAAGCAGGAUUCUCUACCGGCCGCGAUGUUGCACGAUCGACGUGACUUGGUCGCGAAAAUGGGCGAGAACCUGGACAACGUGAUCCCGUGGAAGCAGGCAACCUGGGAAGACAAGCUGAAAACCGCGACCGCGGACCAGUUUGUGUCGAAUUCAAAGAAGUUGCGCAGUCUGAUGCACGAACGCGAGGUGCAGGCCAUGGGCAGUGACACUUCAACGAACCAAUGUCCCUGGCCGCUCGCCGAGCAGGCGGCGUGUCUGCAGCAACAGAACGCCGAUGUCUGUCUGGCCAACAGCGAGCUGCCGUACGGGCCGCUUCGCCAUGCUGCCACCUUCGAGGGUGUGCACACAAGCUUAGUGUCCCGCUGCGUGGAGCAUCCGAAGCUGCCGUUCGUCGGCACGGUAAGCGACGAUAACACGUGGAAAAUUACCGCAAUCGAGUCGGGCGAAGUCGUCUUGACGGGCGCCGGUCACAAAGGCUGGGUCACGGACUUGGCUUUCCAUCGCUGGGGCAAUGUGGUGGUCACAACGGGUGUCGAUCACUGCGUCAAAUUGUGGAGCUUGCAGGAAGGUCUUCAGACAGAAAAUGUUUUUUUUUUGAUGCACGAAGAACGUUCGUUAACAUUAGUUACCAUCGGUGCGACCUUGUGACGUCAAAUGAAGAUCAGCAUCUUCCCUAAUAUGAUUUUGCGCUUCGAUCAGGUCGUUGCGUACACACUUUCGUCCCGGAAAAUUGUCGAAAUUUGUGGGCUUGUGCGGCGCACGACUUCUCGGAUUUCUUUGCAGUCGCCGGCGACGACGGCGUGGCACGCGUUUACGACAUGGUGACAAGGAAGUUGCGGCAAAGCAUGCGCGGACACGUGGGCGCGAUUACGUCGUUGGUGUUCGAAAAUUUUGGGAACCUACUCACCACGUCUUCCAACGACAAGACGGCCUCCUUUUGGGACAUGCGAUCAGGAAUUUGCGUCAAGACCCUACAAGGUGAUGUGUGUCUUGUGCAAGUGACGCGUUAGUGGCGAUGACAGCAUGAAAUGUUUAGAUAUACCGCGUGCUUUUGUGUGUCCAAACCGAAAUCAAAGAAAAGAUGAAAUACGAUGCUUUAUUCAGGUCACGUGGCCCCUCUAAACGCGGUCUCCUACGCUCCUGACAACCACUACGUGGUCACGGCAGACGAGGGCGGCAACUGUCGCAUCUGGGACGUUCGCAUGGCGCGGGAAACGCUUCGAAUCGAUUGCGGGCACACCGCCGCCCACGUGGCAAGGUUCGACUGUUCGGGCAAGAGCGUCGCCAUCGGCUCCGGCGAUGGAACGGUGCUGUUAUUCGAUGUGGAGCGGCAAUGCUUCCUGCAGUCCUGCGACAAAGGAGAUCCGUGCAGUGUAAAUGAUUUGUUUUGGAGCCGGGGCAACCAGAACCUAGUCACUGUCACGGCGAACGGAUCGGUCGUUACCUGGAAGUCGUCUGCUCGGAAGUAGCGGUGUCAGAUGAAUGGGGUUGCCAUCACGUGUCAUUUCUGGAACCUGGCAGCACAGUAUGCCGAAGCUCCACUUCCAGCCAGUUAGAUUUGAAAAAUUUCGUUUCGUAAAUUAAUUUUGGAAUGAUCAUGAACCAAAUGCACAAGAUUUGCGUCCGCUCUUGGGCGGACAGGGGAUUCGAACUACCUUGUAUGAUUACAUGUACUUUGGAAGAGGAUGAAGUUUCAAGAUUACAAAGUAGUUUGCAC